AUGAAGCGUUCACUAAUGAUACAUUUAGUAGAAAAAAAAUGCAGAAAAACGAAAACACUCGAAAAUUUCGAAGAUUCUCCCUUCCCUCCGAGUGCGGAAUUAUUCACUGAAGAAAUGUCGUUCAUCAAUACUGUUGUUAAUUUAAACAAUCCAGAAGACUUUUUCGAGGAAACACCAACAGUUGAAAAUUUAUAUCGAAAUUUAUCAAACAAUUCGUCAGAUUCUGAUAGUUCUACUACAUGUUUUAAGGACCAGGAAAACGAGGGUGACAGUAUUCACUCCGUAAUAGAAAAGAAAACCAGAAGUGUUUUGAUUUAUACUCCAGAUCAAUGGUCUCUGGCCUUCAAAAUGGCCACUGAUAAUGCAAAACCAUACAUAGUAAAAGAAGUUACUCAAUCUUUAAUUUUUGAUUUUAAGUCGUGCCUUACCUUUUUUGAUAACUGGAAGAAGAACUGUAUUGGAGAGCUUGUGAUGUGGAAUAAAAUUUGUGAGGUUAAUGUUAAGGCCAAAGAUUUAUUUAAGCUCAAUUACAAAUAUACUUUUGAAAAAGAUGCCUAUAAAACUAUACAAUGUGUAAGAAGUAACACACUAACCGCCAUACAAACUGUUACUAAAAAAUUUGAUAGUUUAGAUGUAGCUUACAAAAGCUUAUUACCAAUUGAUAAAAAAAUACAAAGAUCUUCAAGAUCUUUGUAUUUCAACUGUAAUCCC